AUGGCUUCCAUACAUCAACUCACUAGACUCAACGACAUCGCCACCCUCAGGGACAGCAUGAACCACUCAGAUCUUGUCAUUCGCUGUGAGAGAAGGGAGCUCCAUGUCCACAAGGCCGUCUUGUGCUCCGCUUCGAAGGUUCUCAGCAAGGCAUGCGACAAGAAGUUCGAGGAAGGCGCUACGGGUGUGGUCGAGCGCACGGAGUUCGAUGCAGACACGGUGGAGCGCAUGAUUGAGUACAUCUACAAGCAGACGUACCAUGUCGAUAGCCCAGCACCGUCUACGGAGUCCAGCAGCUUGAGUAGUACAGAGUCAACCCCAUCGUCUGAGGAUGACACAGAUGGCACAGAGGAUGAUCAAGCUCCGUCUGAGCCAUACAACACGGCUGGGAAACCAUCAAUCAACACCAACACUGCUCUCAUCGCUCACGCCCGUGCAUACGCUAUCGGGGAGUACUACGAGCUACCAACGCUACAGCAACUGGCAAUGGAAAAGUUCGAAGCAGAAGCCACCUCUUCCUGGUCGAUCAAUGGUUUCAUCGACGUCAUCAGAGAAGUCAACGCUAUCUCGGGCUUGGAAGAUCGUGCCUUGCGCAACAAGCUACGCGGCGUGGCGAUGGACCAUAUCGACCAGCUGGUCGACAACGACGAUUUUAUGACCAAGCUGGCGGAGUUACCUGACGUCCAGGACUUCGCUGCAGACAUGCUUCGGGCUACGGUCAGACACCAAAACGACAAAUUCACCAAGCUCGACGAGAAAAUGCGAGGAUUUCUGCAACAGCUGGAAACCGCCGAACCACAGAUCGAGCAACUCAUGAAGCGAGUUACCAACCUAACGGCAGAAGUCGAGUCCAAUCAGCAUGGUGCUGAUGCAGUACGGACCGAUGCGAGAAGAGCCUUCCACGCCUUCCAGAAGAGCAUUCGCGAGCUUCCGUCAUCAUGCAAGAACGAGCGCUGUGGUCGUGAGUUUGGGAAGCUCCAAUUUGAAUCCGCUGGACAUGCGGGUGUCAGUGGACUGUGCAGCGACUGGUGGAGAGCGGUCAUUGCGUCGGGUCGGGAUCGGUCUGAGCAGAAGGACGUGUGA